AUGAGUGUCAUCGUCACCAUCCGCGAACCCACAGGAUUGAUCUCUUACAAUUUCGCAAUGCAAGACGCUCGGGCGAGCAGGGAAAGCCUUGGUCUCUGGAUCAGAGAAAACAAGGUGUACAAGGUGUUUACGACGCUUAACCAAUAUCAUCGACUCCAAACGGACGUGUCAACUGCUGACGCAGUGGCCUUGCCCAUGGGACGGGUUGUGCUCAGGGGAGGCAGAGUUACGCUCCCGCCCCGCACUCCUGGGGGUCCCCCGCGAGUUUCUUCCGGCUUCAUCCAGAUCACACCACUUUUUCGCGGCACGCAAUUCACGCUGCAGCAUGGAGCAGGAACCUUCAUGCAAAUCUUGAGCCAACUCCCGCCAGAUAAUGUCGAGGUCACGAAAAGAAUCGUCCGUGGUUGUGCAGCAGCCAGGGCAAUCGGGCUUCAAGACCCACAAGGCUUUAUCAACUCGGCUGCAUAUGAUCCUAUCGUAUUCUUCGACAUCCACACAGGAAUCACUCCGGAGACCGGUCAGGUACGACAGAGUGCAGCUGCAGAACAGAUGUUUGCGAUAGCCCAGGAUGCUCAUGCUGUCCGGAUGGAGACUGUAUCAAGCGGUGCCGUGUAUUACAAUACUUAUGGAUACAGAUAG